GGCACCGCGAUCCUCACCGCCGCUGCUCACGCUAUUGCUGCUGCUGCUGCUGAGGAUGUCGCCCUGCUGGUGCAUGGUGGCUCAGGACCCUCCGGCGGCCGCGCUCAGCCUGCACCCGCCUUACUUCAACCUGGCCCAGGCGGCAAGGAUCUGGGCCACCGCUACCUGCGGAGAGCGGGGUCCGGAGGUCGCAAGGCCCCGGCCAGAGCUUUACUGCAAACUGGUGGGCGGCCCCACCACACAGGGCAGCGGCCACACCAUCCAGGGCCAGUUCUGUGACUAUUGUAAUUCUGAGGAUUCCAGGAAGGCACAUCCGGCCACCCAUGCGAUUGAUGGAUCUGAACGUUGGUGGCAAAGUCCCCCUCUCUCUUCAGGCAUACAGUACAAUGAAGUCAACCUCACCUUGGAUCUGGGUCAGCUUUUCCAUGUGGCCUAUGUUUUAAUCAAAUUUGCAAAUUCUCCACGCCCUGAUCUCUGGGUCUUGGAAAGAUCUGUAGACUUUGGAAGUACCUACUCACCAUGGCAGUAUUUUGCUCACUCUAGAAGAGAUUGUUUAGAACAGUUUGGGCAAGAAGCAAACAUGGCCAUCACCCGAGACGACCAGGUGCUCUGUGUCACGGAGUAUUCCCGCAUUGUGCCUCUGGAAAAUGGCGAGGUGGUUGUAUCUUUGAUAAAUGGUCGUCCAGGUGCAAAAAAUUUCGCUUUCUCUGACACCCUGAGGGAGUUUACUAAAGCAACAAACAUUCGCUUGCGAUUUCUCCGAACCAAUACCCUCCUUGGGCAUCUUAUCUCCAAAGCAGAGCGGGACCCCACUGUCACCCGGCGGUACUAUUACAGCAUAAAGGACAUCAGCAUUGGUGGGCGGUGUGUUUGCAACGGCCAUGCGGAUGAAUGUACGGCUGACAACCCUGAGAAGCAGUUCCGGUGCGAAUGCCAGCACCACACCUGUGGGGAGACGUGUAAUCGCUGCUGUGCGGGUUACAACCAGAGGCGCUGGCAGCCUGCGGCUCGGGGGCAGCACAGUGAGUGUGAAGCCUGCAACUGCCAUGGGCAUGCCACAGACUGUUACUAUGACCCGGAUGUGGAACAGCAGCAGGCGAGCUUGAACACCAAAGGCACCUAUGCAGGGGGAGGAGUCUGCAUUGACUGUCAGCACAACACAGCGGGCGUGAACUGUGAGAAGUGUGCAAAGGGUUACUACCGGCCCUAUGACAUGCCCGUGGAUGCGCUCCAUGGAUGCAUCCCUUGCAGCUGUGACCCUGAGCGUGCAGAUGACUGUGAACAGGGGUCAGGCCGCUGUCACUGUAAGCCAAAUUUCCACGGGGACAACUGUGAGAUGUGUGCAGAUGGGUACUAUGAUUUUCCAUUUUGCUUGAGAAUUCCAGUCUCUCCCGUUUACACUCUGAGUCCAGAAGACCCGGUAGCUGGCAAUAUAAAAGGAUGUCCACAGGGUGAGAGCAGAAAGUACAAGGCCUGUGGCGACCUUGGCUCAGAAGCCGGUGUGACUGUCACUUGGAAGGUGUUCUUCCAGAAAUAUGUGAUGACCAUGGCAGAUGUCUAUGCCGCCCUGGGGUUGAGGGUCCCCGGUGUGCCUCCUGCCGCUCAGGCUCCUAUUCGUUCCCUAUAUGCCAAGCCAGGUGCUGGCUCUGCGGUCAGCUCCCUGGGUUCAGGUCCUGGCUCUCAAGAGUGGUGUCAAUGCCAGUGCCACGAGGCAGGGACAGUGAGUGGAAUUGGAGAGUGUGGGCAGGGAGAUGGUGACUGCAGCUGCAAAGCUCACGUGACUGGUGAUGCCUGUGACACCUGCGAAGACGGAUACUUUGCUUUGGAGAAGAGCAAUUACUUUGGCUGUCAAGAUGCUUCUCAAAGCAAAGAGAUUACCUUUCCCCCGAGUAAGGAGCCAGCCUUUGUCACCGUCCCUGGAAAGGGCUUUGCAGACCCAUUCUCCAUCACACCCGGGACAUGGAUCACUUGCAUCCAGGUGGAAGGAGUCCUCCUGGACUACCUGGUGCUGCUUCCCCGGGACUACUAUGAAGCACUUGCCCUGCAACAUUUACCAGUGACCCGGUUCUCCUGUACCCUGGCUUGUGAAGCCAGACACUUCCUGCUUGAUGGGGAGCUGAGGCCCGCGGCGGUGACGCAGCCCACUCCCGCACACCCAGCCAUGGUGGACCUCAGUGGGAGAGAGGUGGAACUGCACCUGCGCCUGCGGGUCCCACAGAUUGGCCACUAUGUGAUCAUGCUGGAGUAUGCCACGGAGGUGGACCAGCUUUUUGUGGUGGACGUGAACCUGAGGAGCCCGGGGUCUGCCUUGACGGGCCAGGUGAACAUCUACAGCUGCAAGUACAGCAUUCUGUGCAGGAGCGUGGUGAUUGACAGCCUGAGUCGUACGGCUGUGUACGAGCUGUUAGCAGAUGCAGACAUUGAGCUCAAGGUGCACAUGGCCAAGUUCCUUCUGAAUCAAGUAACCCUGAGAGGACUCGUACCACACCUGGGCCGACACGUCUUUGUCAUCCAUUUCUAUCAAGCAGAACACCCGACAUUUCCCACAGAGGUGUUUGUGGAUGGAGGAAGACGGUGGUCAGGCUCCUUCCUCGCCUCCUUUUGCCCUCAUUUACUUGGCUGCCGGGACCAAGUGCUCUCCGAUGGCCAGGUGGAGUUUGACAUCUCAGCAGCGGAGGUAGCUGUGACGGCCACACCUCCUCCUGAAUCUCCACCCACCCUCCGCGAGGCCACACCUCCUGAAUCUCCACCCACCCUCCGUGAGGCCACACCUCCUGAAUCUCCACCCACCCUCCGCGGGGCCACACCUCCUGAAUCUCCACCCACCCUCCGUGAGGCCACACCUCCUGAAUCUCCACCCACCCUCCGUGAGGCCACACCUCCUGAAUCUCCACCCACCCUCCUGGUACCCGCAGAGAAUUAUGACUACCAAAUACUUCACAAAACAUCAGUGGACAAGUCCUUUGAGUUUAUCAGCAACUGUGGAGGAGACAGUUUUUAUAUUGAUCCUCAGGCAGCCUCUGGAUUCUGUAAGAAUUCUGCGAGGUCCCUGGUAGCCUUUUACCAUAACGGUGCCCUGCCUUGUGAGUGCCACCCUGCUGGGGCUGCCAGCCGUCACUGCAGUCCUGAGGGCGGGCAGUGCCCUUGCCGGCCCAACAUCAUCGGAAGGCAGUGCACCCGCUGUGCAACAGGUCACUAUGGAUUCCCACACUGCAAGCCUUGCAAUUGUGGCAGACGCCUUUGUGAAGAGAUGACAGGGAAGUGUCUCUGCCCACCCCGCACAGUCAGGCCUCAGUGUGAGGUCUGUGAGGUGAAUUCCUUCAAUUUCCACCCCCUGGCUGGCUGCGAAGUCUGCAACUGCUCCAGGAAGGGCACCAUGGAGGCGGCCAUCUCUGAGUGUGACAGGGACAGCGGGCAGUGCAGGUGUAAGCCAAGAAUCACAGGGCAGCGGUGUGACAGAUGUGCUCCCGGCUUCCACCAGUUCCCGGAGUGUGUUCCUUGCAGUUGUAACAGAGAUGGGACUGAGCCUCAAGUGUGUGACCCAGGGACUGGGGCUUGCAUGUGCAAGGAAAACGUGGAAGGCCCAGAAUGCCACGUGUGCCGCCGAGGAUCGUUCUACUUACACCCUGCCAAUCCAAAGGGCUGCACCGCGUGCUUCUGUUCCGGAGUGAAUACUGACUGUCAAAGUUCACAUAAGCAAAGAGCUAAGUUUGUAGACAUGAUGGGCUGGCGUCUGGAGACAGAGGAUGGAGUUGCUAUCCCUGUGUCCUUCAACCCGGGCAGCAACAGUGUGGUUGCAGAUCUGCAGGAGCUGCCGUCAUCAGUCCGCAGUGCGUCCUGGGUGUCACCUCCAUCCUAUCUAGGUGACAAGGUUUCCUCGUAUGGCGGCUACCUCACCUACCAAGCCAAGUCCUUCGGCUUACCUGGCGACAUGGUUCUUCUGGAGAAGCAGCCAGAUGUGCAGCUCACUGGUCAGCACAUGUCCAUCAUCCACCAGGAAUCCAGUGACCCACGGCCAGACAGGCUGCAUCAUGGGAGAGUGCAAAUGGUUGAGGCAAACUUCAGACACGAGGGCAGCGGUGCCCCAGUGUCCCGGGAAGAGCUGAUGACCGUGCUGUCCCAACUGGAAGGUCUGUACAUCCGGGGCCUCCACUUCACUGAGACACAGCGGCUCACCCUGGGCGAGGUAGGGCUGGAGGAGGCCUCCGACACAGGAAGCGGACCCAGAGCUCAUCUUGUGGAGAUGUGUGCCUGUCCCCCUGACUACACAGGUGACUCAUGUCAGGUCCGAGUUGUUUGA